UGCUUAUUGGCCUGCGGACGGACCCCUUUGGAAGCCGCACCCUGCCUGCCGCGGUGGAGGAGAGGGAGAGAUAUAGGCGUCUUCUGCCGCGGAUCCGUCGGAGGCCUUUUCCUUCCACGCGCUGAAGCCCUCCUUGGACGUUUCUGCGCAUCGAGGAACCACUAAAAUACUGCUAUGAAUGGUGAAUCUAGAGAAGAAGUGGUAACUUCACCACUUCCAACAGCCCCUCACAAAGAGAGAUAUUUUGAUAGAGUUGAUGAAAACAACCCAGAAUACCUGCGAGAGAGAAACAUGGCACCUGACCUUCGCCAGGAUUUCAAUAUGAUGGAACAGAAGAAGAGAGUCUCCAUGAUUCUUCAGAGCCCAGCGUUUUGUGAAGAAUUGGAAUCAAUGAUCCAGGAACAAUUUAAGAAAGGAAAGAACCCAACAGGCUUAUUGGCUUUACAACAGAUUGCAGAUUUCAUGACAGCAAAUGUUCCAAAUGUCUAUCCGGCAGCACCUCAAGGUGGAAUGGCUUCCUUAAACAUGAGUCUUGGCAUGGUGACACCUGUGAAUGAUCUCAGGGGAUCUGAUUCUAUUGCUUAUGAGAAGGGAGAGAAGUUAUUGAGAUGUAAGCUGGCAGCUUUCUAUAGACUAGCUGAUCUCUUUGGCUGGUCACAGCUUAUUUACAAUCAUAUAACAGUCAGAGUAAAUUUGGAGCAGGAACACUUUCUUAUUGUACCUUUUGGACUGCUCUAUAGUGAGGUUACUGCAUCCAGUCUGGUUAAAAUAAAUAUUCAAGGUGAUGUGGUUGAUCGUGGAAGCACCAAUUUGGGAGUUAAUCAAGCUGGCUUCACCUUGCAUUCUGCCAUUUACGCAGCUCGACCUGAUGUCAAGUGCAUUGUUCACAUCCAUACACCAGCAGGGGCAGCGGUAUCUGCAAUGAAAUGUGGUCUCCUGCCAAUUUCACCUGAGGCAUUGUCACUUGGAGAGGUAGCAUAUCAUGAUUACCAUGGGAUUCUUGUGGAUGAAGAGGAAAAAGUGCUGAUUCAGAAAAAUCUGGGCCCCAAAAGCAAGGUUCUUAUUCUCAGAAAUCAUGGUUUGGUAUCAGUUGGAGAAAGUGUUGAAGAAGCUUUCUACUAUAUUCAUAAUUUGGCUGCUGCUUGUGAAAUUCAAGUACGCACUCUGGCCAGUGCGGGAGGACCAGAUAACUUAGUACUUUUGGACCCUGGAAAAUAUAAAGCAAAGUCUCGUUGUCAUGAGUCUCCAGCAGGGGAGGGGACACCAUCCUAUCCCAAAUGGCUGACUGGAGAGCAGGAAUUUGAAGCUCUUAUGCGAAUGCUUGAUAAUUUGGGUUACAGAACUGGCUAUCCCUAUCGAUGCCCUGCUCUGAGAGAGAAGUCUAAAAAAUACAGUGAUGUGGAGAUUCCUGCUAGUGUCACUGGGUAUUCUUUUGCUAGUGAUGGGGACUCAGGCACUUGUUCUCCUCUGCGGCAUAGUUUUCAGAAACAGCAGCGAGAGAAGACAAGGUGGUUGAAUUCUGGCCGAGGGGAUGAUGCUUCUGAAGAAGGGCAGAAUGGCGGCAGCCCCAAGUCGAAGACUAAGGUGUGGACGAACAUUACACACGAUCACGUGAAACCCUUGCUGCAGUCUCUCUCGUCCGGUGUCUGCGUGCCAAGCUGUAUUACCAACUGCUUGUGGACUAAAGAGGAUGGACAUAGAACUGCCACCUCUGCUGUCCAAAAUCUAUUUGUUCCAUUGAACACAAAUCCAAAGGAGGUCCAGGAAAUGAGGAACAAGAUUCGGGAACAAAACCUGCAAGACAUUAAAACUGCUGGCCCACAGUCACAGGUUCUUUCUGGGGUUGUUGUAGACAGGAGUCUUGUACAGAAUGUAACUGUUUAUAAGGAUGCUCCCCUGUCAGACUGUACGGAAACAAUUGAAGGGCUCGAUACCACAGAGCAGGCCUUUAGUCCCGCUAAAUCUGUCUCUGUUAGAAAGGGAGAGCUAGUGACAGCAUCAAAGGCAAUAAUUGAGAAGGAGUACCAGCCACGGGUCAUAGUGAGUACUACAGGGCCAAACCCCUUCAACAAGCUCACAGACAAAGAACUGGAAGAGUAUCGCAGAGAGGUAGAAAGGAAACAGAGACAAACAGAAGAUUCAGAAGAUGCCAGACAGCAGAGAGAAAGUCCUCCAGACCAUACUGUUGCUUGUACUCCACCCAGCACUCCAGUUAAGCCAGAGGAAGAAAGGCAGCAUAAUCAGCCUUGCAAUUAUGACAGUGAUGCUGCAACUUUCAAGCAAAGCCUCCCAGACCUCACCCCUGAUGAGACUUCAGAAGCCCUUGGCAUUCCAACUUUUGGGAAAGAAGAAGAAGAUAAAUGUGACAAAGAUCUCACCCAAAGUCAGACUGAGUAUCCUCUUGAAAACCAAGAGCCCCAGCCUCAACCUGGUGAAGAGACAAUGAUCCCACCAGCUGAGGAGGGGGCCGCAGUCGAAGCAGGCGGUGAUGAGUCUCCUGGGAAGUCUCCAUCCAAGAAGAAGAAGAAGUUCCGUACACCUUCCUUUCUGAAGAAAAACAAAAAGAAGACUGACUCUUAAAGACCUCCAAAAAUUGUUGUGUUUUAGAAUUGAAGUUUAUUAACCAGUAGAAUUUAUCUGAUAUUACUAAGUGAUCAUAGUUUUCUUUUUGUUUUUAUGUACAGAGCAGAACAAGCAAUGCCCUCAAAAUAUGGCUUGAUCAGUUAAGAUUAUAACAGAACAUUAAUAAGAAGGUGCUACCUUUGUGUAUGCAACAGUAGCUCACUCAACAUGUAAGUCAGGAUUGGAGAACUUAGGACCUUUCAGAAGUUGGUGAACUGCUUCUCUUUUUCCUCACAAUUGACUACUUGCAGAUAGGAACUGGAGUUGAAUAUGUGGAAGGCCACAGGUUUCCCAACCCUGAUGUAAAUCAGUUCCAUAGAAAUGCUUCCAUGGAAGAUAGUGGGCCAGUGUGUGUAACUUUGAAAGCUCAUUCUGCUUUAUGUAUGAGGAACACAUUUUUCACAAAGUCCUAUGUGGUAUUGCUAUCUGCUCACUCUAAAAUGUGUAACAUUGUCCUUGAGCGUACUGUUGCUUUAAAAGGUUUCAACUGCUACCAGCAUAGAGAUCGCUGCAUUUAUAUUUUGAGAGGUUAUAUUAUUGAAAUUAGCAUCUGCUUCUGCACUGUGUUAUUAAAAAUAACGUUAGGCUGAGGCUUUACAGAGAGCUGUUUUCCUCCCUUCUUAUUCUGUAUUGUAGCAUAACUGAAAUUUAAACCUAUGUAUAAGAAGAAUGAGGUAACUUUUUGUGUUUCCUGCUAACCCCUCUGCCUGUUUUCUAGUGUAACCUUUUACAGAAAAAAACAGCUAUUUUACUACGUAGGUGUUUUUUGUUUGUUUGGGGGUUUUUGGUAGCAAAAGAGUGUAUUCAACGUCACAAGAUUUGGAACAAAACACGCCUGGGUAACAGGACACUAGUAUACUGACCAUUUUGUUUAAAUGUGAUAACUUCCUCAGUCAGUUCUUCUACUAUAUCAUACCACUUAUGAGUGUGACAGCUAUUGCUAGUACAGUCUGAGCAUUUGUUUCCUAAGUAAAACCAUGUAGCUCCUUUCUGAGAAACCCAGGAAGGUUUUUCAUGUCCUGGCAGCAAGUGACAUAGCUGCGACUUAACAAAGCUUGCUGUUUUCUUCUGCUUCUCUGAAUUCACACAUUUAAAAAUACAGUGCAGAGACUAAACUGUGUUGUGCCUGUGGAUUAUUUUAGAAUCACGUUUACUUUAAUUUGGUUUACUUUAAAAACUAAAGUUGGUUAAUUCCUACUUGUAAAAAAGCAAAUAUUCAUAUAUUAUUGGAGGUCAGGGGAACUAAGAUACUGAUUUCUAUGAAUUAACGUGAACUUAGUAAUGAAUAAUGCACUACUUAAGUUCAUGGUUUUGUUGUAUUAUCAAAAUUUGGUAAGAUCGUGUUGAAUGCCUUUACAAUUUGUGCUUUAAGAAAGCACAGAAAACUAGACUGAAUUGGGUUAACUUUAUUGUAAACAAUGCUUACAUAGGUUCCAGAUAAGAUACCGGGGGAGUUUAAAAUAGUAAAUAUUUUUUACUUCUGGGAUGUCAGUGCAGAAGCGUUAAUGGAAUAUGUGAGUUAAUGGCAGUAAUGUUUCUAUAAGAUUACUGUGACAAAAUUGACAAACAGUAGGCACUGGUCACUGCAAAAAAAGAGAGAGAAAUCUGAACAAUAAUGUUUAAUGUGGAUUGCAUGGCACUAAUGGCUAUAAGCUUGAUUCUUAACUGUGUGUCCUGUGAACACUAAAAAGCUUCAUUAUGUCUCAUUGCCAGGAUUGAAACUAUUACAAAAGCCAUUGCUUAGUGCUUCUAUUAUACAAUGUAAGGAAUUUUAUGCAAUGAUUUCUAAGUUCGAAUUUUAUAGUUUUCCAUUCUUUCUAGUACAACAUGACAUUUACUUGUUUAUGGUGCAGUAACUCACUGCAGUGGGCAGGAUGGAAUGUGGGAGGGGUAGGGAAGAGUCCUGUAUUUUUUCCUUCUUUUGCUGUUUAAUUCAGUCUUAUUCAAAAAUAAAAUUCUUUAAAGGAGA